AUGAGUUCAGAGCAGUUUAUGAACGAAGUUGUAAAUGCAAUACGCUUCGAGCGUAUAGAUGAACUUCGACACCGAUUUCGUAACCAAUGUGAUCUAUUACUUAUAGAUGAUAUACAAUUCCUUUCAGGUAAAGAACGAACUCAAAUCGAAUUCUUUCAUAUUUUUAAUACGCUGUAUGAACGUGGUAGACAAAUUGUUUUAACCAGUGAUUCUGUACCAAAAGAAAUUCCCGCUUUAGAAGAGCGACUUCGUAGCCGCUUCGAAUGUGGUCUUAUUGCUGAUAUUCAACCACCAGAGUUUGAACAUAGACUUGCAAUUCUUAAAAAGAAAGCUAGUGGUCUUGGUCUUAAUAUUUCUGAAGAAAUACUUACCUUUGUAGCAACCUACAUCCAUUCCAAUGUACGUGAACUUGAAGGUGCGUUAACACGCUUAAGUGCUAAAUCAAGUUUUGAAGGAAAGACGAUAGAUCUUGAUUUUACAAGACAAGUCCUAGGUGACCUAAUUGAAAUAUCAGGCCCUGGUGUAAAUGUUGAUCGAAUAUUGAAAGUCGUAGCAGAACUACAUCAUAUUCGUGUUAGCGACCUUCGUGGCAAAAGUCGCAAAAAAAAUAUUGCUAGACCUAGACAAAUAGCAAUGCACCUCUGCCGUGAACUGACAAGCUUAAGUUUACCAGAGAUAGGGCACCGCUUUGGUGGAAAAGAUCAUACAACAGUGCUACAUAGUAUUCGAAAAAUAGACCAACUAAUUCAAGAAGACCCUGAACUUUCUAGUCUAAUAGAUGGCCUUUCAAGGACGUUAACACGCAGUAGAUAA